AUGUCGUCCACGGAGGGAGGAGGCGGCACUGUCGGAGCAGUUUCCACUGAUCAAACAGUCAUCAACAACAUUAGCAACAACGAUUCCGUGGGCAUUGAUAUGCCGUGUACAGACGUCGAUCUCAGCAGUGGCGAAUUAGAGAAUUUCCGGUCAUUAUACAAAGCUUUGGACGGCGGCCAACCCACCCUCAGAGACAAACCAUUGAUACGAAAAGUCCCAUCUACCCUUCGCCGUAAUGAAGAUUUCAAGAAGUAUUUCAAGCCGAAAGUGAUCUCAAUCGGCCCACUCCACCACGAUGAUCCCACCCUCCAUGAAUCCAUGGAGCUCAAGCUCAAAUUAGCAGCACAUUUCGUCAAAAACAUUGACUACCUUAAGGUGUACAGCAACAUGAAGAAAGAGCUCGAUGACUUAAAGAAAUGCUAUGAACCACAGGAAUUAGAGAAAUAUAGCGACGAUGACGAGAAACUGGCUUGGAUGUUCUUCGUUGACGGCUGCGCAAUUUUACAAGCAGUUUAUUUGCGUUACGGUGAUGAUGGUGAUGAUGAUAUGUUUAAUUUUUAUGGCCGGUUGUUUAUUAAAAACGAUUUGCUGACAUUUGUGUACUCGGAUCUGUUCUUGUUGGAGAACCAAUUACCUUUUUCAUUUUGCUCCAGUGAAUGGUGGUGGGAGCAGCAUCAAGGAGAGCGAAUUCACUUAUUGAUUCUACUACGAGUAAGACUCCUUUUCAAAAAAGAAAAACCACGGCGGUGGUAUUUUCCGUUUUUCAUUGAACACGGAUCUAGCAACGAAGCAAGAACAAAACGGUGCCAGUCACACACCAUUCCUAACGUAAAAGAGCUUAAAAAGGUUGGGAUAUGGUUAAAAGCUAGCGAAACAAGUCGUUUAACCGACAUCAGUUUCAACCCUAUCUUCUUUAUCGGAAAAUUAUGUUUACCGCCAAUCCCCGUCGAUGAUUCAACCAUGAACUUAAUAGCUUACGAAAUGUGUCCGGAUUUCGACAACGAUUUCAGCGUCAGUUCAUAUAUGUGUUUCCUUGACUUAUUGAUCGAUGAAGCUGAAGAUGUUAAAGACCUGAGAGAUGCCGGCAUACUAUACAAUAGAUUGGGGAGUGAUGAAGAAGUGGCUAAGCUUUUCAAUAAGAUGAACACUGAUUUGGUUCCUAGUCCGAUGAUUUACAGUGGGGUUAAAUGGAAAAUACAUAAUCAUUGUAAGACUCCGUGGAUUAAUCAUGCAGCUCAAGGUUAUCAUACUUAUUUUAGGAGUCCUUGGACGGUUUUUGCACUUGCGGGUGCCAUUACUGCACUUUUGCUUGCUGCUUUUCAGACUUAUUUUACCAUACAUCAACCAAAGUAA